UGAAAAAAAUAUUUUUACUAUUUAUUCCUUUUUAUUUAUUUAGCAUUGUUGGUGGGAGCUUUAAAUUUAUAAUAUGACCUCAUAGUCAUCAUAAUUUGUCCAUGUGUACUCUGUGGCUGUGUUUCAGAGCGGCCCUUCAGGAGCCAGAGCCCCGCCACAUGCUGGUCAAAGAGAGCAAAGGACGGUCGGCCCGCCGUCGCACCAUGUCGUCUCCCCUCUCCCUCCGCCAGCAGCUCAGCAAACUUCCCCCCAAAGAAGUCUUCAAUGACAAGAUGUUUGUGGUCGGAGGAUGGACCCCGGACGACCCUUCCUGUUUGGUAGAACAGUUCUGUUCUGAGUACAACGAGUGGAGAUCAGCGGCACGCAUGGUCAAGAACCGUGGCAAAGUGUCUGUGGGCACACUGGGAGGACUGAUCUACACAGUGGGCGGGGAAGAUAAGAUCCGAUGUUACAGCAGCGUGGAGAGGUACGACCCAGACACGGACAGCUGGAGUACAGAUGUAGCACCCUUGAGCAGCCCCCGCAGCGGAGUGUGUCUGGUGGUGAUGGACGGAUACCUGUACGCUAUUGGAGGACACGACGGCAUCGCUGCCAUAAAUACUGUGGAGAGGUAUGAUCCAAAAAUGAACAUGUGGAGCAAGCAGGCAGCGAUGCUGACCAGGCGCAGCGGAGCAAUGGCUGCUGUGCUGAAGGGCCACUUGUAUGUGAUCGGAGGGAACGAUGGCGACACGGCUCUCAACUCAGUGGAGCGAUACAACCCUGUAGACGGUACCUGGUCGAUAUGCGCCCACAUGCUGAGUCCCAGAGAGAACGCCGGCUGUGCCGUGUACCUCGGACACAUCUACGUGGCCGGGGGCAGAGAUGAACUCAACCUCCAGCUGUGCGGCGCGGAGAGGUUUGACCCGGAGACCAUGAGGUGGACUCCUGUCAAACGCAUGAGGAGCAAGAGGGACAACGUGAGUACUGGAUCACUGAGACACAUCAGAUGUCAGGCCUCCCUCCUGAGUUAAGAUCCAGUUUAUAUUUACAGCCGCAUGAUGAGCACAGACAAGUUGGAGAGAAGUAAUAGAUGGGUUUUUACUCAAUACGUCUAAAAGGUUCACAUAAGUUACAUAAAAGCAGAUUUUCCCAACACAAUAGUUGUGGUAGCCUACUACCAAGAAUAGCUCAUUUAUAUG